UGAUAAAUAUUUUUCAUUACCGAUAGUCUUGAAUUUGGAACUUCGCGUUUCCGUCACACGAGGUCUCUGAAUUCAUUUCCAAUGAGAGCGCCACCCACUGUCAGUGAAUCCACGCGAAGGUCACGCGAGUGUCUUUGAGAUAUUAUUGGAAGUGUGCUCUCGCCGAAACGAUUUUCACGAUCAUUUGACGUGAAACGUCCACUGCCGUCGACAUGCUGCCCCGAUUUCUCAGACCUGUUGUAAAUGCCACCCAGCAGGGCGCGAAGCGAUUAUCCACGAGCGCCACGCGCGAUGCAAAAGUCAGUGUCAUGGGGGCAAGCGGUGGCAUUGGCCAGCCACUGUCUUUACUUCUCAAACAGUCGCCCCUUGUUACGGAAUUGUCGCUGUACGAUAUUGUGAAUACACCUGGUGUUGCCGCCGAUCUCUCACAUAUCAAUACCCCUGCGAAAGUUAAAGCCUAUAAUGGUCCGGAGCAACUUAAAGAUUCUCUUAAAGGCGCUCAGGUUGUUAUCAUACCUGCGGGCGUUCCACGUAAACCAGGCAUGACCCGCGAUGAUUUGUUCAAUACGAAUGCCUCUAUUGUCCGCGAUCUCAUCGCUGCGAUGGCUGAGGUCGCGCCAAAGGCCUUUGUAGCGAUCAUCUCGAAUCCGGUCAACAGCACAGUGCCAAUCGCGAGUGAAGUACUACAGAAGGCGGGUGUCUACGAUCCCAAUCGUGUAUUUGGAGUGACCACUUUGGACAUCGUUAGGGCAAACACAUUCAUCGGGGAAGCGAAGGGCCUUGAUCCGCUAAAAGUCAACGUCCCAGUGAUUGGUGGACAUAGCGGAAUCACUAUUAUUCCGUUGAUCUCGCAGUGCACACCGUCGGUUUCCUUUCCGGAUGAUCAGCUGAAGGCGCUCACCGAGAGGAUUCAAGAGGCCGGUACCGAGGUCGUUAAAGCUAAGGCAGGAACCGGAUCCGCGACUUUGUCUAUGGCUUUUGCCGGCGCACGAUUCGGUAUUUCAUUAUUGAGAGCGUUGAAAGGAGAAACGGGUAUUAUCGAGUGCUCAUACGUCAGGUCAAGUGUCACUGACGCCAAAUACUUUUCCACGCCGAUACUUCUGGGUAAAAAUGGACUCGAGAAGAAUUUGGGAUUAGGUAAACUAAGCGGCUUCGAGCAGAAACUAUUGGAUGCCGCUAUCCCGGAGCUCAAGAAAAAUAUUCAAAAGGGAGAAGACUUUGUAAAUAAGAAGUGAGAGUCUCUGUCAGGCCUAGCUGGAUAGAGCGUGAUCCAUCGAAUUACGCGUGAGAGUUGUCAGCCUUCGUUGCACGUCUUGCAAUCAUGAUCAAGCUAUCAAACAAUCGAAAUUUCUUUUUGACCGUAACAAAUGCAAACGUUCGCGCGAAGCGCGAAUAUAUCUUCCAUUUGCCCUGAUCUGCUGAAAUGCAUGUAAACGUAUAGAAUCGUGAAACAAAUUAUUGAACAUUAUAUAUUACAACCGAAGUAUGUAUUAUAAAAUGAGAGAUGUAGAAAUUACGGAGAAAAAUUAAAUCUACUACUAGUAAGGUAUAAAAUAAGGAAUAAAAUAAUAGGACUUUGACAAUAUCCACUUAAGCAAAUCCUUGUACAAUGUAGCAAAAAAUUAACGAAUAAAACUCUUUUAACUAA